AUAAACAAACACAUCAUGCCCUUCCCCGAAGAAAUUGCUCGCUUAAGAAUUCCAUUGGAAGAUAUAUUACAAGCAACAAACAACUUCGCAGCUCAAUGUUUCAUUGCACGCGGUGGUUUUGGGAAUGUGUACAAAGGAGAUCUCUUAAGGCCAGAAGGCCUUGUCACAGUCGCAUUCAAACGGCUUGAUAGAGAAUCUGAACAAGGAUCGGAAGAGUUCAUGCGUAAUAUUAGUGUUCUUUCUUCAUAUAAACAUGAAAAUAUCGUCUCUCUUGUUGGUUUCUGUGACGAGGGAGACGAGAUGAUCGUUGUCUACAAGUUUGUUCCACGUGGAAGCCUCGACAUGUAUGUGAGGAGUGCUCACCUCACAUGGUUACAGCGCCUCCAAAUUUGCCUUGGUGCAGCUCGUGGCUUGACUUAUCUUCAUUUUCCUCCAACAGAAACCCAAAUACGAGUCAUUCAUCGGGACUUGAAGAGCGCAAAUAUUCUGUUAGAUGAAAAUUGGCAGCCAAAGAUAGCUGAUUUCGGGUUAUCGAAAUUACAUGUAGUAAGUGAGCAGUCUGAUUUCCUUGUCACCAAUGCUGCUGGCACAUUCGGCUACCUGGAUCCUGUAUACUAUAAUACUGGUGUUCUAACAAAAGAGUCAGAUUUGUACUCUUUUGGGGUUGUAUUGUUUGAAAUCCUUUGUGGAAGAUUAGCAUAUGAAGAGGGGAAAGGGUUUCUAGGUCCCUUGGCAUGCUGCAAUUAUUGUGACGGAACACUUACUGAGAUCAUAGAUCCCAUUCUAAGAAAACAGAUGAGCGCAGACUCCUUGGAUCUUUAUUCAGCUAUUGCAUACCAAUGCCUGGAUAAUGAUAGAAAGCAACGUCCAACGAUCGUGGAGGUUGUCCAAAAGCUUGAGGAAGUUUUAAGACUUCAACAGAAAUUUGAGGCGGCGUUAGCACAUCAACAAGUUGCAGAUAAUUUGAAAGACAAACAUGAAGGUGAAGAUGACUUCAAGGUGAAAAACAUGGAUCAUAUGAAAAUCCCACUAGAAGAUAUAAAGUCAGCAACUCAUGAUUUUCACGACGAUUAUAAAAUUGGAAUUGGUGGAUUUGGGAAAGUUUACAAAGCAAAACUCUUCCACUUCGAUUUUAGAAAAUAUGUUAAACAGGGUGGAUAUAAGACAGUUUCUACGGUGGAACUCUCAAGCUACCAAAGAACACAAAGCACUGUUGCUAUUAAGCGGUUAGAUAGGAAUUCAGGGCAAGGAACUGGGGAAUUCUUACAAGAAAUCUCUGUUCUUCCUUACUUUACACACAAAAACCUUGUCACGCUUGUUGGAUUUUGUGAUGAAGAUCAUGAGCGUAUUCUUGUGUAUGAGCAUGCCUCAAAUGGAAGCCUCGAUAGUCAUAUUGAAAAGAAUGAUAUCAUGAAUUGUCAUACAUGGGCAACACGUCUUCAGAUUUGUCUCGAUGCUGCCUAUGGGCUCGACUUUCUCCAUAACGGUGUUGGAGAACAUCAUAGGAUAAUACAUCGAGAUAUAAAGAGCUCCAACAUUUUGUUAGGCCGAAACUACAUAGGCAUGAUUAGUGACUUUGGGUUGUCAAGAAUUGGCCCCUCAAAUCUGCAAGCCACAUUUCUUAUGACUCAAGCUGUUGGCACACUCGCAUAUAUUGAUCCACAGUAUGCCAAGACAGGUAAGCUGACAAAGGAGUCUGAUGUUUAUUCGUUUGGAGUAGUUUUGUUGGAAGCAUUGAGUGGAAGACUGGCACAUUUCCAAUUGUCCAAAGAUGCCCAAGAAUUUCUACCUCACAUGGCUAAACGCUGCUUCCAACAAAAAAUUGUGAACGAAAUUAUUGAUUCAAAGUUCAAGAAAGAGUUUGAGAAAGCCGGCUCUCCCAUUCUGGAUGAUGAAACAUGCCCAGACUCCAUAAUGAUAUUUGCAGAAAUUGCAUAUAAAUGUUGCAAAAAAAAACGGGAGGACCGUCCCACAAUGGCUGAGGUUGUGAAAGAACUUGAGAAAGCAUUCAAGUCUCAUGUGAACGGGGUAGAAGCCCUUAGAACGACACUUGAUGAUGUUAUGUCUGCUACAAACAAUUUCCAUGAUAUUAAAGAGCAAGGACAACUGGGGGAGGUUUACUCUGGGGAACUUUCUCACUUCAGAGGACAGAACACAGUUACCAUAAAACGGCUCCAUCACUCAGUGGAUUCACAUGGAGAAGAAUUUUGUAAGGAGAUUGCAAGGCUUUAUAGUUAUAGCCAUGAGAAUGUUGUUCCAGUUUUAGGAUUUUGUGAAGAACAAGGUGAGAGGAUUGUUGUUUUUGAGCACAUGGUUAAAGGAAGUGUAAAACAGCAUCUGACCAAUAAUAGUCUAACAUGGAAACAACGGCUCAAGAUAUGUGUUGAUGCUGCACAUGGGUUAGCUUACAUUCAUAGUCAUACUGAAAUCGAUCAACAGUUGAUUCAUGGUGACAUGAAAAGCAGUAGCAUUCUUCUUAGGGACGAUUGGAAAGCUGCUAUUUCUGAUUUCAUCAUAUUCCGAGGUGCAGGCACUUUAGGUUAUCUUGAUCCACUCUAUAUGACCACAGGCUCCAUGACACAAAAAUCGGAUGUGUAUUCUUUUGGGGUUAUUUUAUUUGAGAUCUUAUCGGGAAGAUCAGCAGUUGAAAGGAUCAAAAUUGAUCAGAAACAACAGCUUCGUGAACUCCCAAAUGAUGAAGCUCAACUGAAAAGUGCAAGACCAACAGUUGAAGAAGAGCGUGAUGUCUUUCUUGCACAGUUGGCAGCAAAAAGCUUCAAAACCCAAAAAAUACAGGAUAUUAUCUUUCAUGCUAUAAAACAACAAAUUGAACCACAAUCGUUGGAGAUAUUUUCAACCAUUGCCUAUCAAUGCUUGAUGAAAGAGCAGGAGGAUCGCCCAACAAUGGCUAAGGUUGUAGAGGAACUUGAAAAGGCCUUCAAUUGCCAAGAUGAGUGGGAAUGGGAACAAAAUCUGCCAUCGGAUUAUAAGAAAAUAAUCCAAAUGUCAAAAUAUCCGGUGCCCUCCACAAUCUCAAAGAAGGACCUCCAUUCCUUAUUUUCUUCAGGAAUCCUCCUUAACAAUGAAAAAGUGUGGUUUUCAAUAAGCAUGGAUGGAUCAAGAAAUGAAAUGAUACCGGCCAAAAGAUUUUCAUACAAUGAUGUUUCUUCUCUGAAGUGGAGAUCCAUUCAAAAAUCAAGAUUUCCAAAGGUAGCAAAGAUCUUGGACAUCUCAAAUCUUAAUAUUGGAGUUCAGAUAAAUGCUGAGUUGUUAACUCCAGAGACAAUGUAUGGAGCUUACCUAGUUUUCAAGUUUUAUGAUCGAAGAAAGGUUUCCAGCAGGCCGAUAUACAUAAACUUUAAAUAUAAAAAGGCAGGUGAAACCUUAAAUGCAUAUUUUGCAGAGUGGAAAGAAGGUGGAAGCCAGUGGUUGAGAGUUGAAUUAUUUCGGUUUCAGAGUAAUCACAGAAGUACUGAUUUUGAAUUUCUACUAGUAAGCUUUUCAAAGUAUUAUUGUGGCAUAGGGGGAAUAUUUGUUGAAGGCAUAGAGUUUAACGCCAUUCCAAUGGUGGACUUAGAAAAAAAUAAAAAAUUGAAGGAUGGAACAAACAUGGGAGGAGUCUUGAAAACAAAGUUGGAGAUGGACUCAGCAGAACAAAUGAUAGCCGAUAAUGAAGAAAUUAUUAAGAGGUCUGGAAACAAUGUCCAAAAUGCCUCCAAUGUAGAGCUGUGCUUACUUCUUUUCAAAGGAGUUCUAAUUGACAAUGGUGAAAAGUUAUUCUCCCUAAGUGAAGUCAACGGGAAGAGAUGUCAUAUGCUACCUGCAAAAGCAAUUAUAUACAACUCUUCAAAUAUAAAGUUGUGCAACCCUCCAACCGAAUCCAGGUGCAGAUUUGAAGAGGUUGUUGAGAUUCUAUCUCACCAGGAUUUUCGUAUCAAAUGUGACAUUGAGACCAAAAUGCUCUCAUCAGAUACAACCUAUGCUUGUUUCCUUGUGUUCAAACUUUCAAAAAAAUGUCGUGGGCUCAAGUGCCCAGUGAAAGCACGUGAUCUAGUACCCCAUAGAAAGGAAAGAACCAAAAUCAUUUCUUUCACUCACCCAAGCACAGUGAAUUUGGACAAAAUCAAAUGGAUUCCAGAACAGAGAGAAGAUGGAUGGAUGGAGGUUAAAGUGUGGGAAUUUAACGUUGAUAACACGCAUAAUGAUGAGUUUGUUCCUAUGGAUUUGAGACUGACAUGUUUUGAAGGAAAUAUGUCUGGGCUUAUUGUGUAUGGAAUUGAGUUCCGUCCUAUAGCAUAAGUGUAUAUUAAGUAAGAUUUAAACAUGUUGUUCUAAGUGUAUAGUAACUGUUAUUACAUCUUUUGUACUUUUAUAUAUAUUAACUUAAAGGCUCAAUAGAAGAUAUAUCCCCAAUA